AUGAAUCCGUUGAAUAAAAUUAUAUUUUUAUCGGCAUUUUUGGCAUCAGGCUUUUUGCUGAUAUUAUUAUCAUGUGCAUUAUACAAUAACUACCAUACACUCUGGGUAAUAUUAAUUUUCCUCCUAGCUCCAUUACCAAAUUUAAUAGCAAAUUCCAUUGAGCUGGCACGAGAUUAUAAUUUCUUAACUUUCAAUGAUUAUGGUAAUAGUAAUAAUUCAACACAAUCUCCAUUACAAGAGUUUGGUAAAUAUAUAACUGGAUUUUUAAUUGUUAGUGGUAUAGCUUUACCAUUGACUUUCUAUCAUUGUGGAUUAAUUGAAUUGGGAGCAACCAUUAUGAGUAUAAUUGGUGGUCUCAUUGUAUACAGCGACAUUAUUAUUUUUAUUUGGUUCUUUAAUACCGAAGAAGAAGAACACGAUGAUUUCAAUUUCUGA